AUGAAAAAUACAUAUCAAGUAGACAACGUUGUCACGGAAGUUAGCUCUCACGGAUUGACAUUAGAACGUGUUUAUGGAUAUGAUUUUAGUAUUGCCAUUGUAACAAAUUUUACACAAAAUCAUCUUGAUUUUCAUAAAAUAAUGGACAAUUAUUUACAAUCAAAAUUAUUAUUAUUUUCAAAAUAUUUAUCAAGAUCUUCAUCAGCAAAGGCUAUCAUUAAUCAUGAUAAUCCAUCAUAUGAGCAUUUUAUUAAUGCAUGUCCAUCAAAGAAAACUCAAAAUUCAUUUGUAGCGAAUGACAUUAAAACUUCUCUAAAUGGUACAAAAUACAUUGUUUUACUACCUUCAGGUGAAACACGACGCAUUCAUUUGAAUAUUCAUGGUAAUUUUAAUGUUUACAAUUCUCUAGCUUGUAUAGCUACUUGUUUUACAACUUAUUCACACUUGUUAACAUUAGAUCAAAUAAUUCAAUCAUUGGAAAACUUUCAAUAUGUUAAAGGUCGAUUUGAAUUUCAUAUACGUCAUAGACCAUUCUCAGUUGUGGUUGAUUUCACACAUACUCCAGACGGUUUAGAAAAAGUACUCAAAUGUGGUAGACAAAUACUAUUAGAAUCGGCCGAAAAUGCUGAUGAAUAUGCUGAUAUUAUGAUAGCAACAUCGGACAAUUCUUCUCAAGAGAAUCCACAAAAAAUAAUUGAUGACAUUGUCUCGGGCAUCCAAACAAAACCAGAUAAAAGUCGUUUAUAUGUAGAAGUAGAUCGAAAAAAAGCAAUACAUUUAGCUGUAGAUUUAGCUAAAGAUAGACACGAUUUAAUACUAAUUACUGGUAAAGGACACGAAACAACACAAAUACUUGCUGAUCAUGCUAUAGAAUUCAACGAAAAAGACAUCAUGGAAGAAAAAUAUAAACAAAUGAUGCAGGAUAAUACCUUAUCAACGUAA